AUGGAGAAAUUCAUGGGGAUGGAUAUAUCAGAUAGAUCAAUAGCUGACUAUGAAGAAGCCCAACCGUGCAUGUUGAAGCAUGACCAAAUCUCUCAAGAGGAAAAGCGGUUACUCAAAGUGGCAGCACAGGUCAAAUUGCACGAAAUCUUUCCUACUUUGUUCAGGUUCUCUGUUGAGGGUGUGUAUGAUCCGCAGAGGGGUAAGAUGUAUCUUGUAGGCUGCCUUGACAUUCGGGCUCGCACAGAGAUUUUCCACAACAAUAGUAGCAACGAUGUAGAAGAUGGCCUAGAUUGUCAAAUCGAACUGAAACUGCAAUACCCACCAACGAAUUUCAGGCUUUUGAUAGAUCGGUCUGUGAAAGUGUCAAUCCAAAGUAACAGAACAGAGAGUGAUCCGCUUUAUUUCAAACCAAUAGAGUUCCAUACAGCACCCAUUUUGUACAACGGAGAGGCAGAACAAGCGAUUCCUCGCAGGACAUUGGUGGCAAUGCUCAACAUUUUGUCUCUCUGCCUUGCAAUUGCCUGUAUUGUGAGUCAAUUGGUGUAUGUUAUGCACAAUGCAGAAGCAGCUGCAUACACUUCGCUUGUCAUGGUGGGCAUGCAAGCUCUAGGUUACGGUAUUUCUCUUACAACUGGGGUAGAUUACUUCUAUUUUUCAGGCUCAGAUCCCCCUUCUGAAAAGCAGCAAUACUCCCCUGCAAUUCAGGAAGGACCUUCUCCCAUGUUUGGUAUCCUAAUCAAUGUCAUCUUAUUGCUUGCGUGCAUCUCCACAGUAGGACUUUUCCAAGCAGUUUGGAAAUCUCGUCUUCGUCUCACCCAAGUACCAAGUGAAAAACGGGUGCUGAUCGCAUGCGCAGUUAUUUACGCCAUGUGUUUUCUUACAGAGAUUUGUGUUGGCAUUGGUAAAGCCCGAAAUUUUACUACAAGUGGAUUUGAUUCUCCCGCGUGGAUGAAAUGGAAGGAUGCGGUUCGGCCAUAUGUGGGAUUGAUUCAGGACUUGUUUUUGCUUCCUCAAUUUGUUUGGAUUUCUGAAUGGAAAUACAGGGGUAAAUCUAUGAGGAAAGUUUAUUACGUUGGACUUAGUGCUCUCUGCCUCUCUCCUCAAAUAUAUAAUUACGUAAACUGUGGAACGACGAUGCCCAAAGCCCCGUUUGACCGUGAUUGCCAUUCUGCGGCUGAAAAUAUAAGAGUGGGGUCAGUUGCCGCUCUGGUGUUGGCUGUCAUAGUUUACCUGCGCCAAAGUGGAUCAAAAGACAAAGGAAGGCUGAGGAGGUAG